CGUCAUGUUUCUGCGCCGCGUGGACACCAGCCGGCAGAAAUAGGAAUAGCUCAGCCGCCCUUCGUCUCUUUUGUUGGGCUGCGGCUCCUUUAGGAUCAUGGCGCCGUCGUUGUGGAAGGGGCUGGUAGGCGUUGGCCUCUUUGCUCUAGCCCAUGCAGCCUUUUCUGCUGCGCAGCAUCGUUCUUAUAUGCGAUUAACAGAAAAGGAAGACGAAUCACUGCCAAUAGAUAUAGUUCUUCAGACACUUCUGGCCUUUGCAGUUACCUGUUAUGGGAUAGUUCAUAUUGCAGGGGAAUUUAAAGACAUGGAUGCCACUUCAGAACUAAAGAAUAAGACAUUUGAUACCUUAAGGAAUCACCCAUCCUUUUAUGUAUUUAACCACCGUGGUCGAGUACUGUUCCGGCCUUCAGAUGCCGCAAAUUCUUCAAACCUAGAUGCAUUGUCCUCUAACACAUCGUUGAAGUUACGAAAGCUUGAUUCACUGCGCCGUUAAGUUUUUUACAAAUUAAAUAACAGGACAGAUACAGAAUUAAGUAUUGGAGAUUGGGGUGUCAAAACACUCCCCACCAACAUCAGUAUUUAUAUUAAUCUUUCAGACCUAAUUAUAAAACUCUAUGGCCCUUGUUUGUACAUUGUUAAUCCAAUCAUAAAUGGUGAUUAAGUUA